AUGCACAUCAGCGCCGACCUCGCCCGCCUCCGCGAGCGCUACUCCCGCCUGGCCGAGUACCAGUCCACCUACGCCAUGAAGCUGGCGUGCGAGAAGACCAAGGACCGCGUCGCCGAGACCGCCGCCGAGGAGAUGUGCAAGAUGGCGCGCCGUGGAGGCCGCCGCCAGGGAGGAGGUGCUCGUGCCGGCGAAGGCAAAGGAGUUCCUCAAGGCCGUCGAGGACGUGUCGGGCAAGCUGGCGCGGCAUGGCACCCGGUGGCACGCGCGCGCCGGGAAGCUCACGGUGCCCGUCGAGGCGUUCGAGCGAGUGCGCACCAACGCCAGAACGGCUGCGGACGAUGCCUGGUGAGGUGA